CCGUAACACCGGCGAAAUGUGAAGAAAAUUUUCAGGAAAAAAUGGGACAAAACUUUAAAUGCUUUUUCCUUUUAUGCUUUCUUAUCUUACUUUACGUUUGUGGGUUGCUUAUAUUUGCAAAAGGAUUUCUUUUGAAAAGAGUAGUUGUAGAAAGAAACAGUAGCUGUAAAGUUGACUUUGCCAUGCAAAGUGACAUGCACGGAGAAAAGGGUUGUUGGAUGCAUGUCCGUUAUAAGAAAGCUAUUAUAAUCGUAAUAGAUGCACUAAGAUAUGAUUUCGCUUCAUUUGAUUCCACAGCAAAUGAUUCUAUUCCAUACAAAAAUAGAUUAAAUUUUAUUAAAAAUUCUCUGAUGAAACCAAACAAUGCAAAACUUUACAAAUUUAUCGCUGAUCCACCUACAACGACACUACAGAGAUUAAAAGGCUUGACUACGGGAAGUCUUCCUACAUUUGUUGAUGCUGGAUCUAAUUUUGCUAGCUCUGAAAUUACAGAGGAUAAUUUUAUAGAUCAGUUGAUUCGCCACAACAAAAGAAUAAAGUUUCUUGGUGACGACACUUGGAUAGGACUGUUCCCUAACAGAUUUUAUAAACAGAUUCCAUUUCCAUCAUUUAAUGUGAAAGAUUUACAUACCGUUGAUGAUGGUGUUUUGAAACAUCUUUACAAAGAACAGAAUAAGAAUGACUGGGAAGUGUUGGUUGCUCAUUUCCUUGGUGUUGAUCACUGUGGACAUAGAUAUGGUCCAAACCAUUCAGCUAUGAGAGACAAAUUGUCUCAAAUGAAUGAUAUGAUAAGGAAUGUGACAAGGUUGAUGAAAGAUGACACAAUAUUAUUUGUGAUGGGUGAUCAUGGAAUGACUAAAACAGGAGACCACGGAGGAGACAGUAAAGACGAAUUAGAAGCAGCAUUAUUUGUGUAUAGUCCAGCACAGAUAACCAGCCAACAUAAUCUAUGGAAAGAAAGGGACACAAUUUCCCAGAUAGAUUUUGUACCAACCAUCUCUCUGCUAUUAGGUAUACCAAUACCUUUCUCUAACCUGGGACAGGUGAUAGAGGAACUAUUUACACACUGCCCAUGGUGGCAAACUACCAGCGAUAUCAAGAAGGUUUAUCACAGCACCAAAGCUUUAAGAUUGAAUGCCAAACAAAUCAGUUACUACCUUACAUCUUACUAUGAAUACUCUUCAGACUUUCCAAUACAAACGUAUUAUGAACUACAGAAUCUUUUAGAUCAUGCAGAAAAAGACUUACAAGCUUUAGUUACCGCUAUGGUAAAAGAUGGAGCAACAAGGGACAUUACUGAAGAUUUGAAAAUUUUGAGAGGCCAUUACAUUGAAUACAUAUCAGAAGUUGGGAAAAUUUGUAAAGGAAUUUGGGCCAAAUUUGAUAUGAUGUCAAUUUCAAUAGGAAUAUUGACACUUAUUUUGGCGAUUUCAACUAAUAUAUAUUACAUACGAAUUUCAGAUAGUAGUGAGGUACCAAAUACUGUGGUCAUUUUAAUUCUAUAUUGUGUGGUUUAUUUGACUUAUGCAGUGUUUCAGACAUUUUUUGUGGGAGAAACAUUGUCAGCAUUCAUGGUAUAUAUUCUGGCUGUAGUUGGUAUUAUAAUGAUAUGGAUUUUAACCUAUAACUUUUCUGCACCUGAAGCAGUACCAGAAACAUGCCUUUCGUUAAACAUCAAUAACAUAUUUUCAUGGAUGAUAAUGUUACUAUAUUUUGUAUUAUUCUUUUCAAACAGUUUUGUAGUGCAUGAAGACUCAGUAACUUUGUUCUAUACUCAGACAUUAUCAUGGAUAUUUUGUUUUAAAAGUAUUCAGUCAUUUCUAGUCAAAUAUGAUACUUCACAAUUGGAUCAAAAAGCCAAAAGACACAAAACACAACAUAAAACUUAUGAUAUUAUGAGAACUUUGACUCAGCCAUCAAUAUUAGCAAUAUUUGUGACACUACUUUUAAAUGUGCUUGUCAGAUUUUCAUCAAAUUUUCGAGCAUGUCGUGAAGAACAAUGGACUUGUUCUUUGUCACUUUUCCUGUAUCCAUUAGCUAGCUUACCAGACGAGUUGACUAGCUACAGAAAUGUUAGAUACUUUUUUAGUGUAGGUUGUGUCAUUUUCUUUCUUCUAGCAAUUCGUAAAUAUGUAAAACAUUCUGGAAAUUUUCAAGGAAAUUCUGCAGGAAUAAUAUGUAUAAAAUACAUAUAUCCUGUAUGUGGUGUUGCAAUUGCUUUGCACUGGGCUUUGCAAGGACUACCUCAGCCAAUACUUGAUGCUUUACCAGUGUGGCAACAGAUAUUUUUGCCAAGGCUUGUGUAUAUACUUCUAUUUAUAUCAUUCAUAGCUACCACCAUUAAACCAUUAACGAUUCAUCUACUACCGAAACAGGAGAAAUUUUCUGUUCAGGCUGAUGGGACUGUUAUACCACAGGUUUACAACAAAAUCAAGCAAAACUUUAAGGAUGAGAAAGAGGCUGAGCAUCCACCAAUUGUGUUUGGUCUCGGCACAACAUACUCGUCAGCGCUGAUCAACUUUGUUGUGAUCUUCUACUUAUUACUUGUUCUGCUGUUGGGAGAUGGCACUUCACCUAGCCUAUUAUUUGCAUUUUUAUCAGUUUGGUUAUUUUUAGAAGUAUAUACAGCUUCAGUAACAUUUACAAAGAUGGUUUUCUCAGGAGAUGAAAGUUCAGGAUUUGGGUUGACAAAAGCAUGUAAAGUCAAUAACAUUUGGCCACCUGUAGUGUUUAUGUCAACUUUGUUCUCUUCAUAUUUUUAUUUGUAG